AUGAGAGACCUGUUCCGAGACGAACGCGAGGGAGAAGAGAUGUACCGUGCUGGCGUCUCCACAGAGUUGGAGCUCUACCCGGACCCGUGGAAGAUCAAGAAGAAGUUGACGGAAAGCGACCUCGGGCACUCGUCGCGGCUCCUGAUCCCGCAGGGCUGCGUGAGGACCCACGUGUUCCCGCAGAUGGGCGAGGAGAUGGUGAGGCGGGUCGAGAGCAAGGACGGGAUGGAGGUCGCCGUGAGGGACGCGGACACAGGCGACGAGUACCGGCUCGCGUUUCGCUACUGGGCGUCGUCGAGGAGCUACGUGCUGAACAAGGGCUGGAGCAAGCUGUUCGUCAAGGGGCGAGGGUUGAAGGUCGGGGACGAGAUCGGGAUUCUCUGGGACCCGGUCUCUCUCAAGUUCCACUUUAAGGUCCUUCGCAGGGUUGCUUGAGGCACGAGCGAU